AUGGCGGCCGCGGCACCACCUCGCACUCUUGCGCCAAAUGCUUCCCUCCCAGCCAAGAUCCAGUCGAUACCACCGAAUCAGACAUUGUACAUUACCAAUCUACCAUCGAACAAGAUACAGAAAGCCGAUUUGCGGACUGCACUCUAUAUGCUCUUCUCCACAUACGGUCCUGUCCUCGACGUUGUCGCGCUCAUGACGAUGAAGAUGCGCGGUCAAGCACACGUCACCUUCAGAGACGUUCAGGCGGCUACUCAGGCCAUGCGAUCACUGGAUGGUCAGCAGUUUCUCGGCCGGCCAAUGAAGAUUCAAUACGCCAAGAGCAAAUCCGAUUUCGUCAGCAAACUGGACGGCACGUUCAAAAUCCCCAACAUGUCCGGCGCCGCCGACGUUGAGCAGACGGAGCUGCAGCAGAGCAUUUUCAAUGCACCACCUCCCGGCGCGGCUGCGCCAGCCAGCACUGGCAGCGGACUGCCUGCGAAGCCAGCUGCGGCCCCGGCUGAUCAGCAGAUGAAGGACGCCGAGACCGACGCACGAGGGCAGAAGCGAACACGCGACGACGAGGACAGCGACUCGGACGUGGCUAUGGAAGAGGACAGUGAUGACGAAUGA